AUGAGUCCUGUGGAUGUUGUCAAGUUAGUGCUAGCUCCCUCUGAGUAUAUGGAUUCCUCGGGAAUGAUAUUGCUUUCACAGUAUUUCGCUUACCUGACUCCUGAUCCGACGAUGAAAAUGAGAAUUUGGCGAGAGCUCAAUCAGAAGGAGCUGAGUGACCCAGGUAUGAUUGAAGAAAUGCAGAAGGCAGAGGCCGAAGCGGGAAAGUUGCUGGAAAAGGCGCUCACAUCGCUGUAUGACGCACUGAAGGUGUCCUGCGGAGUGCCAGUGCUGGAAAAAAUCCUUGACUUGCACGGCAAGUCCACGGACGACGGACUCCGACAUGUGGUGUAA